AUGCCAUUAGAACCAGCCAAAAGCAUACUUUCAAUACAGUCUCAUGUUGUUCACGGUUACGUGGGUAAUAAAGCAGCUACAUUCCCACUACAAUGUCAAGGAUGGGAUGUUGAUGUUUUGAACACUGUUAAUUUCUCAAACCAUACAGGUUAUGGCUCUGUGAGAGGUACCAAAGCUUCAUCUGAUGAUAUACAAGCUAUAUAUGAUGGGUUGAAAACUAUAAAUUGUAAAUAUGAUGCAUUACUUACUGGAUAUAUCCCAGGUGAUCAAGCAUUGGAAGCUAUAGGUGAAAUAGGGCGUGAUUUAAAACAGUCAAACCCAGAUUCAAUAUGGUUAUUAGAUCCUGUUAUGGGAGAUGAAGGCCAACUUUAUGUUAGUGAAACCGUUAUACCAGCGUAUAAAAAAAUAUUAAUCAAAGGUGGUGUUGAUGUAAUUACACCAAAUCAAUUUGAAGCUGAAUUAUUAGUUGGAUAUAAAAUUGAAUCAAAAGACACACUACGUAAAGCUCUCAAAGAGUUACAUAAUAAAUAUGAUGUUAAAAAUGUUGCUAUAACAUCUUUUAAAUUGGAAGAAGGCUCAAAUAUAUUGGCUGUUGCAUCAUCAAAACAUAAAGGUAUAAUAACAAGUUCAUUAUUUGAAAUACCAUUAAUAGAGUCUUAUUUCACCGGGGUUGGUGAUUUAUUCUCUUCAUUGUUAAUAGAUAGAAUAUUCAGAUACACAAGAGAUAUUAAAGAUCAAUAUUAUUUAGAAACUGCAGUGAAUCAAGUUCUUACAAUCAUGGCUCAAGUGUUGAAAACCACUACAGAAGCUGCUGAAAAGGCACUGGGUCAAGCACCAAAGUCCAAGAUGGGAGCUGCAUCGAUCAUGAAAGAAUGUGAAUUGAAACUGAUAGAGUGUCGUGAUAUUUAUGAGCAUACAGAACAAAAGUUUAAGGCAUUUGCAUUAUAA